ACAAUAUGCAAACUCUUCGGAUUUCUCUUCAACCUGUUUUCAAUCGCAUCCAUACUCUCCAUCGUGGCCAUAGCACUUGAUCGUUAUUCAGCCAUCAUCCACUGUCUAGAAUAUUCUUCCUGGUCAGCAUACAAAUAUGUUGGCAGUCUCACGGCUUGGAUCUGGUUGCAGGCCACUGGCUCAGCAUUCAUGCCGCUGUUUGGUGUAGGCAGUUAUUGUGUACAGAAUUUCCUCUGCGUUGCCGUUUGGUCCAAUGUAGCCUACAUCGUUCUCAUGUGCAUCUUGAACUUCUUCAUCCCUCUGUUUCUCAUGCUUUUUUGUUAUAUCACAAUAAUCAAGGUUGCACGCUGUCAUGCAACACGCAUAACAGCCGUGCAAUCGCAGGCGAGAAAAUUUUCCGAUAUAGACAUGACAGGACCGGUCGCCACUGCCAUCGCGCAUCCUCUUCGACGGUUGUCAAUGAUCAGCUUUCCCACUGCCACCAACAUGGAAUACGAAGGCAUAGAUCAACUUCACGGAGCCUUCACUAGCGACAUCGAACAAGACACCUUUAGUGACCUUGACAGUUAUUCUCCAAUAAAUCUAACUGUGCCAGGAAUUCGGAGGGACAUCAGAACAGGCAUCCGAUUGUUGGGUGCUAUUUUGGCUUACGUCGUUUUCUAUUUCACCUACGUUUACGUGAAAAUGACUGACCAAAACAGUAGCUCAAUAUCACAUCUGGAGGUCUUUGGAACUUGGAUGUGUCUGUUGUCCAGCGUCUGUAAUCCAUUCCUUUACGCGAUCGUUAGUAAGCGUUUCCGAUUGGCCGUACGGCGACUUUGUCAACAGAGAAGAAAACGCCCUACUCAUAUUAAAAACCGAUGUCCUUUACAAAAAGUUCAAAAUAUUCCGCCUAGAAUAUGGCAGCGGAGGAGGGCUGGUUCCUCCAGUAGUGAUCCAACGUCGGAAAAGGUGAAUGUAAACGAAAAAAGAAUGCCUUCUCUAUUAUCUCUUCCUUCAUUAGCACAAAUUCAAAACACUCCAAAGGAGAAGCAUCAAAAAGAGGAAGCAGUGUCUGUGGUUAAAAGCACUCGAUUCUUAGAAGUGCCACACGCUCAUGCAAGUAGAGUUCAAACAAGUACUAAUGUUUCAGAAUCCAAAACAAAAAUUCCGGUUAAUGGAAUGGCCAUAACAGUUCCAACAGAAUCAAAGAAUGGUUUAAUAAAAAAAUGGCUAAAAUUUCGAUCGGAAUCGAUCGGAAAGACGAAGAAAAAAUCUGAGCAGGACUCGGAUGUGUUUUGUGGUGAAAAUAAAGCAAAUAUUAAAAUCCAGGUUGAUUUGGUUGGUACAUAAUUUUCUUAUUUAUUUUAAGAAAUGUAACACUGAACGAAUGUUCAAAAAGUCAUUUCGGAACAAAAAAAAAUUAAAUUAACUAUAUUUUGAAAAAAUUAAAAUAAUUCCAAAACUUUGACUUUUCAUAAUGGUUCGCAAACAUUCUGAACUUGGAUAGAACGCGUAUCUGUGUUAUUUGAAGAAAGUUAAAUAAUAGAAGAAAAAAUACUUUUAAUUUUAAACAGUUUUC